AUGCGGCGGGUUGGAUGCGUCCUCUUUGGGACGACCUUGGGACGACCUGGCGGCGUGAGGCACACGGGCGCCGGCGUGGCGCGUUGGCUCGUGGCCCACCACGAGCGGAUGCGCGACGAGCGCGCUCGGGAAGCGGCCGCGGGCGACGCGGAGCUUCCGCCGGAGGACGACGCGGUCGAGAUGGCGAGCGCCGUCCACGUGCUGGACAGCGUGGCGGAGGAGACGAAGGCGAUGCGCCGGAAGCGAAAGCGCGAGGAUGCCAGGGCGGCGCUCGACGGCCACACUGUCCUGUCCACCGGAUCGCGCCUCGAGAUCUUCUGCGACAAUGAGCGGUGGACGGGGACGGACGGAUCGUGGUUCGUGCACGAGGUCGAGUACGACGGCUACUGA